AUGCUGACGAUCUACAAGGACCUGGAUCUUGACAUCCCGAAGGACAUCACUGUCCAGAUCGAUGCUCGCAUCGUGACGGUCAAGGGUCCCCGCGGUGAGCUCACCAAGAACCUCCGCCACAUGGCUAUGGACAUCCGCCUCGUCAAGGGCCCCCAGGGCGACAAGCUCAAGUUCAUUGUCUGGCACGGUGGCCGCAAGCACCUUGCUUGCAUGCGUACCGCCAAGGCUUCGGUCGCCAACAUGAUCAAGGGUGUCACCGUCGGCUUCCAGUACAAGAUGCGCGCCGUCUACGCCCAUUUCCCCAUCAACAUCAUCAUCGCCGAUGACAAGAAGAGCGCUGAGAUCCGGAACUUCCUGGGCGAGAAGCGCGUUCGCCGCGUGAACAUGCUCGAGGGUGUGACGAUCAUGGAGGACAAGGCCCAGAAGGACCAGGUCCUGGUUGAGGGUAACGACAUCGACCUCGUGUCGCAGAGCGCCGCUCUCCUCCACGGUGUGACCCUUGUGCGUAACAAGGAUAUCCGCAAGUUCCUUGACGGUAUCUACUGCACUGCCAAGACCUCGAUCGUCCAGGUUGAGGCUUAA